UUAGCCGCCCAACUUCGCUAAUUGCUCAAUGCAGUUGCCUUUGUCCUGGCUCUCGGUUACGUUACGACCGUAAGCAAUUGAGUUCCGUGGAAGUAACCAAGCGAACCGCUCACCGCAAGCGCCAAAAGCUCACUGAACGGGCUGGGUUUGCCCAGCAGCGUCUCUGGCGAUCGUUUUGGGAAUAAAAACAAAGCAAGAAAUAAGUUGGAAACCACAACAAAAUAAAAAAAAAAUAACGCAACAAAAAAUACGAACGAGUCAGAAGGUGUUUUUUGGGGAAGUUACCGCCUAGACUUGACAUAAGCCAAGGCAACACAACGAAACGGAGGGGAAUAAACUGGCACAACAACUUUAAAAGUACAAACGGCACAAGAGGAGGAAGAGUCCAUGAAGUGCAUAGACCAGGAACAAUGGUAAAUGCCAUGUCAGCAACAUCAGCAGCAGCAGCAACAUCACCAGCAACAACGACAGCAAAAGCGAGUCAACGACAGCUUAAAACAUAAUACGCUAGCUAAAGGCAAAAAGCGGAUAGAGAAUCUGGGGGUUCCCCAGCCAUAUAUAGACAGAGACACAGAGUCAGAGUCAGAAUCAGAGGCGGAGGCGGAGACGGACCAAGAGAAAUCCCCGGACAAAGCGACAUUGCGAAUAAUGAGAAAUCGUUGUUGCAAUUAGUGUGAGCCAAAGGGGUUUUUGGGCCAGCCAUGAAUCACCAGCUUGGCUGGCAGCGGAAACGGAAAUGCUUGACGAACGGAAGCCGACAAGGAGAGCAGGUGGCCACUAAAUGCCAUUGAACAUUGAGCGAUAAUGUCCGACGUUGAGAAGGCGACGAUUAAGGUGCAGCAGCAGCCACAACAACUGGACUGUGGUAUCGACGAUGAGACGGAUCCCGAGCACGGAACUGAGGUGGGGGUCAAGACCACUGCCACGCUCACUGCCAAGCCGGGCAGCUGCUUUCGACGCUGCUCCGGACAGCUGCUCAAGCUGCUGCUCUCCACGCCCGGCCUGGUGCUCCUAGUCAUCGGGUACUCCAUAUUGGGCGCCCUCAUUUUUCCGCUGCUGGAGGCGCCGCAGGAUCUGAGCAAAUCGGCGGCCAUAGCCAAAAGUCGAGAGGACUGUCUGCGGGAACUCUGGAUUAUAACGGAGAAACUCAACGUGCUGUACGAGCGCAACUGGACGAUGCUGGUCCACGAGCAGCUGCGUCGCUUCGAGGGCUCCAUUGUGGCAGCCACGCGCCAAGGAUCCGGUGGCUCUGGAGGCGGUGGAGGAGUCCACUUCCAGGGCGGCAGUGCCAGCGCCCUGGGCCACUUUGGCUAUGAUGCCGGCGACUCGCAGAGCUGGACAUUUAGCGAGGCUCUGCUUUACUCGGUCACUGUGAUAACGACAAUUGGUCACGGCAGCCUGACGCCGCGCACUGCCGCCGGCAAGCUGGCGACCAUCUUCUACGCCCUGGUGGGCGUCCCCCUGAUGCUGAUGUGCCUGUCCAGCCUGGGAGCCCUGCUCGCCGACGCCCUGCAGUGCACCUACGUGCGUCUCUGCUGCCAGCUGCAGCAGCAGCAUCACCACCAGAGCCAGCGCAGAAGGAAAUCCUCCACUCCGACAGCCGGCGCCACCGCGAUGACAACGCCACCAGCCAAGGCGAGUCGGGACAAGGAAAAGGAGAAGGGCCCAAAGAGACGUCUGGCAGCUGGCAUGGGGGCUAAUUGCAAGGGCUGCAGAUACGAUGCGGCCAACAGUGAAACGAGCCUCAACGACUGCCUCGAAUAUGGCCAGAAGGGAAAACUACCUCCAGACAAGGGGGAAGAUGCCUGUCAAUUGUUGCGCAACUUGAAUCAGCAGCAGCAGUUCUACCAGCAGCAGCAGCAGCAGUUGCAGUUGCAGCCACAGCAGCAGCAACAGCCGGAUGUCAUGCUAAUGACAACGACAACGGGCAGCGCAUUGCUGAAAUACGCACCGCAGCAGCAGCAACAGCAAUUAUCGACAGCAACUCUCCCGCGCCAACACCAUCAGCUGCAGCAGCAGCAGCAACACCAGCAACUGCAACAGAAUUUCGUUGCUGUGCCCAGCAGCAUGCUGCGAAUGCCGCUGACAGUGCCGCCCAAUUGUUAUGCGCCCGCGACUGCCACGAUUUACUUUCCGUUUGCCCCCUCCGCACCCGGCAGUCCCGCCCAUGCCCACACCCACACCCUGGCCCAUGGCCAUCAUCUGGCUGCGAAUCCAACGAUGGCCAAUACCAUGGGAAAUGCAACGGCAUCGGGGACAGCACUUGGUCAACAGCCGCUGGUCAAGUAUCAUACGAUACACUUGCAGCCCGCUUCCGGCAAGCAUCGAGUGCUGGCCUCUGGACUUCAGGAUCCAUCCGCGGAAGCCGCGACUUUGGAAGCCAUCACAUUGCCACCGCCGCCGGCCUAUCAGACGGGGAAUGUGCCUGCUGUGCGGCGGGCCAAGUUUGUGACGAAACCGCUGCCACACGAGAUCAAUGCGCUUAUGGAUUGUGGAACGGGUGCGGGAUCGACGGAUUUAUCCGGCAGGCAUGAUUUAUUGCCAGCAGCCACAGGAGCAGCAACAGCGGCAGCAACACCAUUGUUAACCUACACGGCCGCAGCAACAAGCCCACAACUGUCAGCAGGCAUUAAGGCUGGAGGAGCAGGAGCAGCACCCACCAUGGCCACGGGCCGGGGAACAGGAGUAGGUGCCACACUGUCCGAUAACAGUUUUAUGGCUGCAGGUGUUUGUGGAGGAGCAGCAUCCACAGCACAGCCAGGAGCCACUGCAACCCAGGCCUCCUCGGCAGCGGCCACACUGUCUGCCCUGUUGAGCGCCAAUUCCACGGGCACGGUGGACAUCAUGGAGGACGAGGAUGAGCAGGAGAGAGAGCGUUUGAGCAACUGCCCGCACGGCACGCCCUCCCGAGUCCCGCUGAUAGCCAGUCCGCUGAGCGUGCCCCAGGACUCUGGCGAAAAGUCCAGCCUUGGUAACCACUCCCGUUCGGCCUCCGCCGGAGCCGCCGCUGGCUUUAAUCGGCACUCCAUGCAGCCGCUGAACCGGAAGACCCUGCUGCUGACGCGUCGCUGCCAGCGGCAUGCCUCUGGAACGCUCUACGACAGCACGGCCAACAAUACGGAGACCUCUGACGACGAGGAGUACAUGCAGCACGGCAGCGAGCAGUUUGUGCUGAAGAAGCUGCGCUACCACUGCGCCAGCGAGUCAGAGGACUGCCGCGAGGCGGCAGACGACUCCGAGGACGAGGGCGAGGAGGCGGAGCGGCAGGUGCCCAUCAGCCUGGUGCUGCUCAUCCUUAUGUGCUACAUCUGCGUGGGCACCGUGAUCUUUGCGCUGUGGGAGAACUGGUCGCUGGUGGACGGAGCCUACUUUUGCUUCGUAACCCUCUCGACAAUCGGCUAUGGUGACUUUGUGCCCGCCAGGAGCUUCAAUGGACCAGAGCUGCAGCUAUAUGCCUGCUGCGCUUAUCUGCUGCUGGGUUUGGUCCUGGUGGCCAUGUCCUUUAGCAUCCUGGAGACGCAGCUCAUGUGGAAGUGCAAGCGCAUUGCCGUGCGACUGAAGCUGGCCCGCAGGGAGGGAUAAUGCUGCAGGCUUCUCCUCAAAAUCCUCUAAUCCAACCUAAUCUACAAUCGAAAAGCUUGAGUCAUCCUAAGAUAAGUGUACUGUGUAAUUAACCCAAAACAAAAAACUAGCCCAUCUCUGUGUACAUUUGUCUGCCUAGCGAAAUAAUGGGAACUCGUAUGUUGUCUGAAAUUCAACAGAAUUUGUGUA